GGCCCCCUCAGGCUCCGCGGGCGCCGCCCUCUCCCGCGCCCUCCGUGGAGGCCGGCGGGCUCCGGCGGACGCAGCCGCCCUCGGCUAGGGGCAGGGCCCGCUGACAGCCGCUCGGGUUGAGCGGGCGGCUGCGACCGCGGGCCGGAACCCCGGCAACCUGCGGCCGCCCGGGCGUGGUGGAGCGGGAAUAUGGCGGCCUCCGCCUGCCUCUCAGCCCACCAGCCCCGGAGCGCCGCCUCGGCCCCGCCUGGAAGCCGCGGGAGUCGGCCCCGAGCCCGUGCACCGGCUGGCGCCGGAGACCCCCUGCCCGGCUCCCCGCUGGCAGCGCCGGAGACCCCCUGCCCGGCUCCGCGAGGCCGCUGUGCGGUGGCCUCUGUCUUUUCCCGAGGUUAUUCCUCAAACGCCAUUCGAUGCUCCUCGUUUUUGAAAAGGCACGCGAUGUUUUCACAGCCAAGUCACCGAAUGUCCCCUGCUCCACCGAGAUGGAACUUAUGGGUGGCUUCUGGGAGCAUGUAAAUCUGUGCGGGAUGAAAGAAAAGAAUCAAAAAAUUUAAAUGGGAAAAUCAAGAUUUGUUUCUAGGUUUUUUUUUUUCUUAUUUUUCCUUUUCCACUUCCGGUUAAGUUUAUGUAAAAGUGUUGCGUAUGUGUUUCGUGGUGAUCUUCCCGAUAAGUAACAACAAGAAGUUUGCUCCUUCAGGCUUGAUUUGGCCUGAAAGCUGCAAAAAGCCAAGCUCUUCCGCCUCCAGCCUUGAUGGAAACCGAGGUCUUCAGGGUAAAUGGUGUUUUCUGAAGAGAAUCGCUGUUCCAUGUUUGCUGGGAGAUGCUCCUGGUGCCACGGCUGUGCUACUGCUGCAGGCCAGGAAUGCACCCUGGGUUCAUGGACACCAGGUGUGCGACUUCCUUCCUUCAUUUAUCAUUUCCUCCAGCCCUUCACACACACUCCAAGCCAGCACUUAGAUUAAGCAAGCCAUCAAAACAUAAAAUCUAUAUUUUUAAAAAGGAUUUUUGGCCAAGGAAAAUGAUUGAGUUUCACCUUGGCCAGGAGAGUAGAAUGAGCAAAUUUAUACGAAUGACUACAAAGAACCACUACACUUGCUAUGGAAUGAAAAUUUAAAUAUCAGUGACAAAAGAAAUGAAAAGAAUGGCAUUCAAUAUGCAGUGAUGUAAAAUGGCUUCACGGGAAAACCUGAUAUGGUUGUAUCCUGUAAUACAUGGAUAUAUGUGAGUAGGAGAAAUACAAAACACUGGAAACCAAAUAGCUCUCUUGAGCUUCAAAUUGGGUUUCCUAGCCUAGUGUCCUCUGAGACUUGAAAAUGUCUUUCAAAGUGUGCCAGAAAACUAUCAGAAGACUAUCAGUACAUUUGACCUAUUGCUUGAUGAAAGAAAUUAAACUGCUUCAACAGAUCUCAGAUAUAAACUUUUGUCAUCCCCUAUUCUCAGCAUCAGAGACAUACCCUGGCUGGCUGUUACUAGAUAUAUGAAUUGUCAUGACAAGUAUUAGGAACAAAUCAAGAAGUGAGGAAAACCAAAACUCUAGUGAUAAAACAAUGUCUAGGUAUCAAGAAGGAAGCAGGAAAAGAAAGUCCUAUUCUGAAUGCAGAUGAAUCCAAAAAUUCUUUGAUAUUAUCUGGAAAGCAUGUGCCUAGCAAAUAUUCCUACAACCAAAAUCAAACAAUCCAUGCAGAAAUUACUGAUGUUGACUCUG